CGUUGCUCACGCGCGACAGCGCCCGGCCUGGAACGGUCACUCGGGGCGGUCACUCCGCUCGCGAGAGCGCGGGCGACCGUGGGGCCCGCGCUAUUUUUGGUCAGGAACGCGCAGCGCCAAGCGGCGGGGGGGGGGGGCGACGCGGCCACGCGCCGCCACCCGCCGCUCACUCUCCCACGACACCCUCGGGCUCCGAGCUCCGCGGCACCCGCAGGUGCACGGAGCCAACGGAGGUCGCGUACGCGGAGUCGCGGCACGAGGCAGGAGUUUCGGGGUGGGGGGCAACAACGGCAGCAGGAGCAGCGCAAUCUGGGCCCCCCGGGCGCCCCGCCGCGUCUCGUCGCGUCCGUGGUUUCGCCCAUUGUUUGAUGCCGGAAAUAUCCAGGACAAGUCAAUUACGCGGGCCGGGAAAGCAGGGGGAACGCGGCGCGGAGAGCGCAGCGCGCGUGUUUAUUUCCGUCCCGGGAGAGGGCGCGCGAUAAGCAUCGCCCCGCCCCGCCCGGCCGCGCGCGGGGAGACAAACACGGGCGGCAGCGCGGCCGCGCGGACACUGACGCCAGCGCGGCCCGCCGAGCGGAUCGCGUCGCGGGCAUGAGGUGAGAAGCGCCCAGCAGAGGAAGACGCUCAUGGAGGCGCGGGAGCUGGCCGUGGCCUUGGCAGGAGCCGUCGUGGCCGGGGCCGUCGUGGCCGGGUCCGGAGCGCCGCCGCUCAUCGCCGUCGCCUCCGCCGCGUCGCCGACGCGCUCCCUCGUCGUCUCUCCGGGGAGCAGCGCGGACGGGUCCCGCCCGUCGCUCCUGCCCCCCGCAGCAGCAGCAGCAGCGUCGUGCGGGAGCGGCGGAGGCAGUGGCGGCGGUGGCGGAAGAGGAGGCGGCGAUGACAGCAGCGGCGGUGGUUGCAGCAGCAACAGCAGCAGCGGCAGCGGCGCGAGCAGCCCUGGAGGGCCCGAGGUGCCGUGCGGCGGCGGCGGCGAGAGCAGAGAGGGCCCGCCGCGCCUGGAGCCCGAGAGCGGAUGCAGCCCCGCGCCGCGUGCCGCGCACGCCCCCGUGCUGCGCUUGGAACUCGGGCCCGCGUGCCCCACGGGACCGCUCGGUUCCCUCGGUCCCCUGGGUCCCCUGGGUCCCCUCGGGCCCCUGGGGGCUUCGUGCCCGCCCCGCGUCGAGCCCCGCAGCGGCUACGCGUCUCCGUCUCCCGUGGAGAACACCCCGGCGCACAACGAGUGUCGCCUGGUGGAGGUGCACGGGGCGCGCGUGGCCGCCUUCACGGUGCACGGCCAGGAGAUGCUGUGCCUGCCGCAGGCGUUCGAGCUCUUCCUCAAGACGCUGGUAGGGGGGCUGCACACCGUCUACACGAAGCUCAAGCGCCUGCACAUUGCGCCGCUCGUGUGCAACGUGGAGCAGGUGCGGGUGCUGCGCGGACUCGGAGCCAUCCAGCCCGGCGUGAACCGCUGCAAGCUGCUGUCGCGCCGCGACUUCGAGACCCUCUACCGUGACUGCACGAGCGCCAGCUCCAGACCAGGGCGACCUCCGAAGCGAGUCAUGCAACAACAGCAGCAGCAACAACAACAACAGCAGCAGCAGGCACAGCAGCAGGCACAGCAGCAGCAGGUGGUGGGGCCGGAUGGGCUGGCGAGGCACACGGUGAAAGAUCUCCUGGCAGCUACACUGGCGGCGCAUCCACAAGGCCUGGGAAAGGCCCCGUGCCGCCCGGGUCUCAUGCCGCAACCUUGGGCCGAGAAGCGAAUCAAGAUGGAGUCUGCCAACGGUUUCCAUGGGAACAGUUUCCUGGGAUACGGGGACGCGGGCAAGGAGGGAGCAGAGCCCUAUGCAGGGGCACGUGGGGACGCGGCGGAGAGGGAGCGCUUCCAGUCCCCCACACUGCCCGAGAGCGUGCAGGCUCACCACGCUCACCACCACGCUCACCACCACGCCCACCACGCCGUCGCGCACCUCACCCAGGGACAUCUGCUCCACCCAGGGCUGGCGCACGUGAAGGGCUCGCUGCCCUUCGUCAUGAUGCCGCACCACCUCCUCCCACUGGGCCUCGCCUCUAUGGGCCAACUCGGUCCCGCGCUGCACGGGCCCGCUCACUCGGACCCCGCAGCGGGGCACAGGGCCCCCUCGGGGGGGCAGCAGCGCUCCCCGCCUGACCCCUGCACCUCGCCCAAGACCUCGGUGAUCAGGGAACGUGCCCCGUGCCACCCGCGCGCCUCGCCCGUGCCCCCCGCGAGCCGGCGCUCGUCCGCGCGCAGCGACAGCAGCCUCUCGUCAACGCCGUCACGGGAUCCCGCCUCGCCGGAGCACGACGCGCUCCAGCACAAUGGGGAGUCGGACGCGCAGGGCAUGCUCGACCUCUCCCUGGGGCCCCGCUCCCCCGGGGCUCCCAGCGAGAGGAGGGACCAGGGCCCCCCAGGACACGGAGCGGGGUCCGAACGGGAGGAGCAGCUCCUGGAGGCGGGGUCACUGUCGACUCUGAAUGGUACUGGAAGGACUCAGUUCCUGCCCUCCCCAGGUCUCCCCCACGCGCUCUGCUGCUCCACGUCGGAACUGCUCUCCAACAUCCAGGCUCUGCUGAAGGUCGCUAUGGAGACGAACCGCGCCCAGGAGCGGCAGGUCCUGGCCGAGCUGGAGGAGACGCGCAUGGAACUGCUGAGGGAGCGCGAGCGCAGGGAGGGGGCGGAGAGGCAGCUCCACGCCGAGACGGCGGCACGCGAGAUGCUGCAGAAGCGCGUGCGUCGCGAGAGGCGCGCGCGCCGCCGCCUGGCCGAGGGCCUGGAGGCGGAGCGCGCGCGCCGUGAGCGCCUCGAGCUCGCGCUGCAGCGCGCCAGCUCCACGGAGAGCGUGCACGCGGCACUCCACGACAUCGGCGCCUACCAGGAGACACUGGACGAGGACGAAGUCGCUCACCCCGACCCGGAGCACACAAUGCAGGCAGAGUCCAAACUCUACUACAAGAAGUGGCGAGUGGAGAGCCCCGCGACUCCCCCAUCCUGACCCCACACGGGCCUCCCCCAGACUCCCCCAGACUCCCCACACCCACCCCACCCCCACCCUCCCGUACCUCCCCGCGAGCCGUGCGCUACCGAAAGGAGCCGCCCUGGGCGAACAUUCAAGACGCAACCAUUCCGCAGCAGCAGCAGCAUGAUGAUGGACACACACACAACGCACGGCCUCUCCUGGCGCCUGCGUGGAUGUGGCUAACGGGGGUUGGGUGGGGGGUAGUGGGGGAUACGAGGAGCGUCUGCGUGUGAGAGACUCGGGGGAGGGAAAUCCGAAGGUGGGAGAUGAUGAGGAGCGCGUGGGAUUGGAAGACUCCAAGAUGCGAAAGAUGUAGGUGGGAGCCUUGACGGCGGGAGACCCAAAGGUUGGAAGACGCGGAACCGGAAGACUUGGAGAUUGGAGACUCGAGGAUGCCAGGAGACGCCGGGAGCAUGGCGGGGCUGUGCGGCCCCGGACACUGGCCCUGGGAUCGCGGGGGGACCCAGACGCCCACCGAUAGGAAGUGGAUCAUGGGGGUCACGGACCUAGGGCUGGAGUCGCUACCCCCACACCCCCAAGCCCCCGCCCCUCACGCGCAGUCCCACUCCCCCCCCCCCCCGAGAAUCUGCACAACGGCGACAUUUUUACGACCGUCCUCAUCUCGGGUUCAGCGUCUCAGUAUCCCCCCCUUCAUCCCGCCGCUGGAAUGUUUCUAAGAGAUGAUUUUAAGUCUGACAGACGUGUACGUGUAUGCGUGUACACACCGAUUUUAUAUUUGCUACUGUUUCACGUGAAGCCACCCGAGAGGGAGUAGAGCCGUCGCCCAUGCCCCCCUCACCCACUAUCACCCUCAAUCAUUGACUGCCCCCCCCCCUGCGUCCAGCGACACGAGGUCUCGGCUCCACGGGGACCGACAGCGGUAACUGGGCGGGGGUGGCAGCAGCACGAACCCGGCUCUCGGUCACUCCUCCUUGCUCUGUCCCUCUCCCUCCCGCUCUACCCUCUCCCCCCCCCCCCCCCCACACCCUCCCACGCUCAUAUCCUCUCUGAUAUUAAAACUUUUUGCGGUUGGAAAACAUAAUUGGAAAGAUUUUAAUUCAUGGGAGACGCUGUUGUCCGUUCUCCCCCGCUCUCCCACCUCAUCUCCCAUCUCUACCCUGCCCUCCCUCUCUCUCUCCCCAUCUCAAUCCCUAUCUCCCCCCUCCGAUCCCUCUCUCACCAUCUCAACCUCCCUGAUUCCCUCUCACAACCUCUCUUCUAAUGUUGCCUCUCUCUCUCUUCCCCGCUUUCUCUCGCGCGCGGUCCCUCGGCACACUCCAUGGCAUCGCCCAUUCAGAGAUGUGAGUCGUCGCGUGAGUCGUCCCUCUGAUCGUCCCCACCACUCGCCCCGACUCCUCACUGUCGCGCGCGGCCCGGACCCACGGACGAGUAGACGGGAGGGCAGCUACACAAGUGCUCUUCAAAACGCUGCCACGGAGUCACGCGUACUCGUGUACCCCAAAGACACGGCCCGUGUACUCCAAACACACGGCCACUGAUACGCACACACACGUACCUGUGGACUUAGGAAUACACACGUGUACCCCAAACGCAACAGACCCGCACAUACCCGUGUUUUCAUGUAUACUGAAUACGUACACGUGUGCACACGGCCACGAGCUGACGUGUGCUGUAUACGCGUACUCGUGGACCCACGCGUACCCGUGUACCCAUCCCAUAGCUGUGGACGCACAGACACUGCCAUAGUACUCCCACGGCCGCGUGUACUCAAAGCACCCCAUCAUCUCCCCCACGAGAGCCCUGGGCUUGGGUACACGGACCACGUGGGGGGGUGGGAGGGGAUGUGUGGCGGGGGGCAACCGACUCCGUGAGGUGGCGUGGGAUGGGUGGGGGGAUAGGGACCCCCUUUCUUUGGGAACCCACAGUGGAGAACCCCACUGGGACCCCGGUUGCCAGCGCCAGGGCGAGACUCUGGGUCUCUCCGGCUUCGAGAGGGUGGAGAAGAGCGGAGUUAGGGGUGGAUUAGGGGGUGAGGACGGGUGGAGAGAAGACGGUGGCUGGAGGUGAGGAUGAGGGCUAUGGGUGGGGGAAGGUAGACACCAGGGUGGCGAUGGGGGUAAGAGUGUACGAAGGGGGGGGGGGGCUGUAGGGUGUGCCUCCCACUCUCGUAGUGACCCCGCACGAGGCUGGGAAAGGCGCCCCCCCUGCCCCCCGUGUCCUGUGUCACUUUGCUCCGCCUUAUUUAAGUGACGCAUCCCGCUCAUUAUUUAGUUUCCGUUGUUGUUGUUUAUGAUAAUGUCUCGUGAUUUUACAAAAAUCAAACAAACAAAGAGCAGAACAUAAACCACUCGAACGAUGCCCUC